AUGAGCGCUGACAGUGGCCAGGAAAAAGCCAAGCGCUCUGCUGGCGCGGCCCCAGCGGUGUGCGAGCACGCCUGGCUCCUGGGCACCAUCGCCAGCCCCUGGCUCCGGCUGGCCCGACCCCGACCCCGGCCCCGGCCCCGGCCUCGGCUCCUCCCGGGGCCCGCCGGGGACACAGGCGGCGCGGCCGCUCCCGCCGCCUCCGCAGCGUCUUCCCCGCUCCGAAGUCCGCCGCUCUUGAGCGCGGCCGCCGGCCCCGAGCCGCCGGUGUCCGCUUCAAAAGAGCCAACAUGUGGGGAUGGCCGGCCCGGGGCGGUUGAGCGGCGCUCGGGGGCCGUUCCUGGCCCCGGGCCGAGCGCUGACGGCCGCGUCUCGCCGGCAGGGAAGGCGCAGCAGGGCCUGAAGGAGCGGUACCGGCUGGGUUCGCUGCUGGGGCGCGGCGGCUUCGGCAGCGUCUUGGCGGCGACGCGGCUCUCGGACGGCGCCCCGGUGGCCAUCAAACGGGUGCCACGGAACCGCAUCCACCAUUGGGGCCAGCUGCCCGACGGCACCCGAGCACCACUGGAGAUCGUGCUGCUGGACAAGGUGUCCGCUGGCUUCCCCGGCAUCGUCCAGCUCCACGAGUGGCUGGAGCUCCCCAGCAACGUGGUGAUGGUGCUGGAGCGCCCGGAGCGGUCUCAGGACCUCCUGCACUUCAUUUGGGCACGGGGCUUCCUGUGCGAGGAGGUGGCGUGGCACCUGUUCCGCCAGGUGCUGGAGGCCGUGCGGCACUGCACCAGCUGCGGGGUCCUGCACCGGGACAUCAAACCAGAGAACAUCCUGGUUGACCUGGCCACCGGGCAGGCCAAACUCAUCGACUUUGGCUGUGGCACCUACCUGCAAGCCGCAGCCUACACCAGCUUUGCAGGAACACCGUCCUACAGCCCCCCGGAAUGGACGCACCUCGGCUGGUACCACGGCGAGGCAGCGACCGUCUGGUCCCUGGGCAUCGUGCUGCACCAGAUGGUCUGCGGGGAGCACCCUUUCAGGAGGGGCUGGAACAGCACCUGGGGCCGGCUCUCGCUCCCACGACGGCUCUCUCCAGAGUGCCAGGAUGUCAUCCGACGGUGUUUAUCCGUGCUCUCCUCGGAAAGGCCCUCAUUAGAAGACCUGUCCUGUGAUCCUUGGAUGCAGGAUAUUCGCGUGCCGUAG